CUCCAGCCGGUUGCCUGUCAAGUGGACGGCGCCCGAGGCUCUGAGGCUCGGGAAGUUCUCCAGCAAGUCGGAUGUCUGGAGUUUCGGGGUCCUGCUGUGGGAGGUGUUCUCGUACGGCCGGGCUCCGUACCCCAAGAUGGCAGCGGUGAGCAGGAACCAUGUUCCUGAGCCCGAGUGAGGGGCCCACUGCCGAGGGUGGGGCGCCGGGGCCGGGCGAGGAGGCCCCCAAGAAGAAGCACCGGCGGAACCGCACAACCUUCACCACGUACCAGCUGCACCAGCUGGAGCAGGCGUUUGAGGCCUCCCACUACCCGGAUGUGUACAGCCGUGAGGAGCUGGCGGCCAAGGUGCACCUGCCAGAGGUGCGUGUGCAGGUGUGGUUCCAGAACCGUCGGGCCAAGUGGCGUCGCCAGGAGCGCGUGGAGUCGGGCUCGGGGGCGGUGGCAGCUCCGAGGCUCCCCGAGGCCCCUUUUGCCCGCCCUCCGGCCAUGCCGCUGCCCCUGGAGCCCUGGCUGGGCCCGGGGCCCCCCGCCAUGCCGGGCCUCCCGUGCCUCCUGGGCCCCGGGCUGCAGCCCCCCUUCGGGCCACACGCUUUGGGUCCCGCCUUCCCCGACGCCUUCACCCUAGACCAGGCGUCCCUGCGGCUUCUGGCCAAGGAGCACGCACAGGCCCUGGACAGGCCCUGGCCGCCAGCCUGAGCCGGGUGCCCGCCUGCCCCUCCCUCCCUGGCCUGACCCCUGACCCAGGGUCACCGGGGAAUAAGCCAAAGGCCAAGGCUGCUGGGGACCCCGGCCCCUCCCUGUCCACCCACACCCCAGUCCCCACCUCUAACAACAGGGAAACUGAGGCCCCAUCUUGAGGAGGUGGCCCAAGAACUCCCAGGCCCUCGAGGCCUCAGUUUCCCCAUCUGUCAAAUGGGCAGGGAAGGGCUGCAUUCAGGGGUUCCUGGACCACAUGGCUGCCAUCAGGAGCCCCCCAGACAUUAAUUCUGUGAGUUGAGGCAUCUAAUCUCCUUCCCUCCUCCUAACCUCCCUCCUGCCCCCCAGGAGGAGCUGUGGCUGCAGUACAGACAGCAUGGCUUCCUCUCGUUGCCGGCUCGCCCCUCUCAGGGCCGGAAACAGAGACCCGGGGCCGGGAAGCCAGUUUCCUGCGGUCGCCCAGGCAGGGUGGGGUGACAGGAGGCCCCCAGCUGAGGCAGGCUGGUGCUGGGGGCUGCCUGAUGUCCGUCCCCGCUGUCCCCAGGCCCCGUGUGCGUCUCCCAGGCCAGCGAAGCUGGUGACGAGGCCGCUGUCUGCUCAGAUGACCUGGGUCAGGCCUCCCCAGGGCUCGGGUGCCCCAAUGCCGAUGAGGGGGGCACCUCGCCAGGGGAUGGGUGGCCUACACCUGGGUGUCUGCUAUCUGUCCCCCACCUCCAGCACAGGGGGUGGGGCAAGGGCAGAAGCUGCAAAUGCCCAAGGAACCACACCCCCGGGGGCUCCCUCCUGGGCGACCAUAUUUGGGGGCCCACCCGGCCACCUGCCCACGGGGGCACCUCACACCCGUGCCCUGCACCCCAUGUCCUGUGUACACCUGAGCUUCACACCUGUGCUCACAACUCCUCCCCCCCAGUGCAAUGCACACACACGUGCACAGUUGCCCAAAUCAGGGGAGCAGCCUCUGUGCGGGGCCUGGGGCCCACUCAUCCACACGCUAUCCAUCCAUCCAUCCCAUCCCCCCAAUAAACUACCAGAGCACCCACUGUUUGGCAAGUACUGGGAAAGCAGCCAUGAAAAAGAGGACAAAAAUCUUUCUCAUGGAAUUGACAUUCCAGUGAGAGAGAAAGACAAGGAACGAGAUUUUAUAAAAACAAAAA